CCACCAUUACCAAUCGGAAGGGAGAAGGGAGCAGAGGACGAAGCAUGGACUGCUGCAUCUGCGGCCCCAUGGCCGCCAUCUACAGGCCUCCGAGGAACACCAUCUGCUCCCCUUGCUACGAAGGUGCCAAGUCCAUCAUCGCCUUCCUCAACAACGACGAGCGCGCCUCUGGUGAUGGCGGUGGCGGCAGCGACGGCUACCGGGGGUUGUUCAAGCACACCAACAGCUCCACCAAGGGCAUGGCAGAAGUAUGGGAGCAAGUAAAGGAGAUGAGAGACAGGGAGGAGGAGGCGAACCAGCGUGCAGGGUUCCUCGAGCAGGGCUUCGGGGCAGCCUGGAUGGAGGGAGCUCACACCGACAUCGUCGUCAAACCUGGAAAUGGACCCCCGAUCCCAGCGCACAAGGCCAUCCUGGCGGCGAGGUCGGAGGUGUUCCGGCACAUGCUCUGCUCCGACGAGUGCAAGGCGGCCCCCGCCGGCGACUGCGUCUCCCUCCCGGAGCUCGCGCACGACGAGCUCUCCCUCCUCCUGGCAUUCCUCUACACGGGCACGCUCGACGCCGCGGCGUCGGCCACGGCGACGGAGGCGUCGGAGCGGCGGCUGCACGCGCUCCUGGUGGCGGCGGACAAGUACGACGUGCCGUUCCUGGGACGGGCGUGCGAGGCGCGGCUGGCGGCGGCGGUGGAUCCCAGGAACGCGCUGCGGACGUUGGAGGUGGCCGACCGGGUCAGCUCGUGCGCGGCGCUCAAGGAGCGCGCCAUGGGCGCGGUGGUGGAGCACGCGGAGCAGGUGGUGUUCUCCGACGAGUACCACGACUUCGCCGUCAGGAACGCCGGCCUGUGCGUCGAGAUCACCAGGGCGCUGCUCGCCAAGGCCGCCGGCGCCAAGAGGGUGUGCACUGAGAAGUCUGAAGAUGUAUAUACUAGGUAG